AGGGAAUGAAUGUAGUGAAGGAUGGAUUAGAAAGUGAGAGGGCACCCGGGGGAACACGCAUCGGUGGACCCUUGUCUUGGGAUCAAGCACCAGUUGGUCUUCAAGAACUCGUGGAUUUCACUCGACGACAUUUGCUCCCCAAGUCCAUCGAUUUUAAUAACAAAUUGUUCAGUUAUAUCAGUUCAACAUCAAAAUGUCAUCUCGAUGGCACAGUGUUCUCGUGUUUGGAAUCUGGAUCUCAUCAUCCUGGAGUUUUAAUAGUGCCCAAACGACGGCGAGGACUUACCAGAAUAAAACAGUCGUUCUUCCCUGCCAUGUGGACAGCCUCGGUGUACCGACAACAGUGAGAUGGUGGAAAGACGACCGUCAACUUGCGGACAGUGGUGACCCAAACUUUGUACUUGACCCUAGGGUAAAGAUGUGGGACAACAUGAGCCUGGAGAUAUCCCAAGUGCAGCCCGAGGAUUCUGGUGAAUACGUGUGCCAAGCAACGAGGCCAUCGUCCUGGGGACACGUCACACAGGUCCACGCGAUCGAAGUUAUGUAUCCCCCGAGUGUGCAUUCCGUGCCAGAAGCUGGAGAGCUCGAGGUGAACCUCGGGGAUGAGGUGGAAAUUGCCUGUAUUGCUAAAGGAGUUCCUUAUCCUAGUAUUUCUUGGAGGAUGAAGGACGAGGAGAUGAAGCUGUUGGACGAGAGAUCGAAAUUGCGGUUUCCAGCAGACAAUCGAAGCUUGUCCGGUCGAUACACCUGCGUUGCUGACAAUGGGGUCGGUGACCCCGCGACUGCCGCCAUAGAACUUCGCAUUCGUUAUAAACCGGAGAUUGAGCCGAAGAAGAGUUGGAUACACGCGGCCCCGGGGAUGAGGGUACAGCUGGAUUGCAGGGUGAGUGCAUGGCCGGAGGCCCUGAUAGAUUGGUACUUCGAGGGUGAGAAAAUUCACUUCUCAUCAAGAAUUGUCAAGCACACUGCGGACCAAGUGCACAGUCUCAUCAUCAGAAAUGUCAGGGCAACCGACUACGGCUACUACCAGUGCAAAGCCUCCAAUAAUCUCGGUGUGACCGAAGCACCGAUUGAGCUAUCAGGUAUUGCCAAUGCCGCUUUCUUCAAAGAGGCCAAUCCCAUGUCGCGAAAUGCUUACAAUUUCAUCUGGGAAGUGGAUAGCUACAGUCCAAUCAUCGAGUACCAAUUCUGGUUUCGCAAGUAUUGGCCUUCGGAGCGUCAUGACUGGCACAAGCUCUUCAUCCCAAGCGGAAGUGAAGCGAUUGGACCACUCCAUUCUAAGUGUUUUAAUCUCACGGGAUUAGCUCCAGCUACGUACUACGAGGCACUCGUUUUAGCCAGAAACCGCUACGGAUGGAGUAAACCCUCCAAGGUACAGAGAUUCUCUACCGAGGGUGCACCUCCUCACAAAGAGCAUUAUAAGGUCGUCGAGGUGUACAGCGAGUCAGCACCAGCUGUGGUCUUGGGCAGUCCAGCACUCCAGCAGUCGCUAUCAGAAUCAAAUGGUGCAUCCACCAGAAAAAUCCUCCCAAGUCUGAUAAUCUUAAUCUCCACGUUAAGAUACCUAACAACAACGUAAUGUUGAAUCCUUGAUGGGCCCGUUCUAUGCAAAAAUCAUUAAUCCUUCGAUAAUCCACUCGAGUUUUAUUUAUUACGACCUAAAAAUUGUACAGUAGGUGAUAAGUCGAUUGAGUGGCUCCCAUUCCUCUCUAUCAUCAGUUUUGUGCGUGAGGACAAUAGAAUAAUAUUGAAUGACAUACGAUUUUGUUGACUCGAGUGACUCAUUGUUUUCCAUUGUCUCCCCCAUUGUAUUUAUUUGAAAUGACUUUACUAUUGAGGAAUUCCUUUCGAGAAACAACGCGGAGUAAACACCGGAGUUUCUUAUUUUAUUCAAGAUCUCUGCCCUCGAAAUUCACUCGACAGUUGGAGAAAUGCAAUUAUUGGUGGGUCAAUGAAGCUCCAAUGCCCCCGGCGAUCGACGGAUACCCA